AUGAGUACGACUUCACUAGCACAACCCCGGACAUAUUACAAGAUGUCUUCGAUCGAUCAGCAAAAGAAGCUCAUCAAACGUAUUUGCCAGAAAUACCAAAAUUCACCAUGGCCCUCCCUCGCCCAGCUCCAGAAAGCUACUUCUCUCGAUACCCCAGCCCCAGCCCGUGGAGGAGUCUGGAUCGCUAGAACCAGCUUUUCAGCACCCACUAACCCAGCUAUCAGAGACGUCCUGUACACAGUUAUACACCGUUUAAAAAAAGAAUACCACCGCAUCUCACCGGUGGAAGAAACUCCAGUCAUCGACGUGGGCGUCGAAUUCAUCGGUCCUCGCUCUCAAGUCCCGGAUGAUGCCCCUGAACCAGAUAUACCAGAGGAAGAAAAGCUUCGUGCCCUGCUGCAGGAAUGCAAUAGCGAACUGACCAUUCUCUACGCUCAUGGCGGUGGUCUCUACUUCAGUAGCCCGGCACAGUAUCGUGCUUCCUCCAUUGGCCUGGCAAAGCUAACUGGAGCGCGCGUCGCCUCCAUUAAAUACCGUCUUACGCCAUCCCAUACCUUCCCCGCUUCUAUCCUCGACAUUCUUGUCGCAUACGCCAGCCUACUCUACCCUCUCGCCGAUCAUACUGGCCGGAACAGCGCCGGAGCGAAUAUAACCCUCGGUCUCAUGAAACUCCUCCUCGAAGUGCAGAAACUGCCUCCCUCAGACGCAACUUUCGAUUUCCAUGGACAGUCUGUUGCCCUCCCUCUCCCAGCCGGUCUUGCGAUAUGUGAUCAGUGUGAUUCACUUCCCUCCUGGCACUGUAAUGGCGAGACCGACAUUCUCACCGUGCUUCAGCCCGCGUGUAUGCCCGGCCAUCCCACCGAUAGCAUUUGGCCUGCGAGUCCACCGCGCGAAGUCCCCUACUGCGUGGCUGCGACUCUCGACCAUGAACUUCGCGGAGUAGAUGGGAAUCGGGUGGUGGCAAGUCAGGCAGCGAAGUCCGGUGUCACGGUGAUCUGGAAUGAGUAUGAGGGCAUGCCCCAUGAGGUUCUGAUCUUUCUUAGUGCUUUACCGCAAGCUCAGCAUCUUCUUCAACUCUGGGCUGCAGCCUGUCAAGCCUUUGCGGGGGGUAAAAUUGGGGCGCGAGAGUUGCAGUCCGGGGCUGUGAGAUGGUUGAUACCGGAUUGUAAACCGAUGGUAUUGGGUAGUCCGGUUGGUAUUGCGCCGUUGCCAUUUGAGGAGGUGAGAAAGAGGAUGGAGUAUAAUGCCACACGGCCGGUUUGGACUGGGGAAUUACACGAGCAUAAGUUGUGA